UCGUCAGUGAAAGGGACGCGUAAAGAAUAGCGUCGACUCGAAAUCUUUCAUGCGGGCCUAUGCGUUUCCAUCAACCCGGUAGUGGAAGAAACGAGUCCGGCUCUCUUAGCCACUCAACAAUCGGCAACCCGGUAAUGGAAGCACGCCAAGAUAAAGAAGACUUUAUCUGCCCUCGGCCUCCUCCACAUACAUGGCUUGGAAUACGAAUCGCGGAAGGUGUUUGAGUUCAUCGAGUCUCCGUCCUCGGUGUAUUAAUCUCCCGGAUUGACUCUGCGAGCCCACACUGCUGCAUCCGCGUCCGGCUCUUGUUUGGUCUUUUUACGCUGCCGACCAUCCACGGAUAAGAUUUCCGCGGCGAGUGCAAUCAAGGCGGCCACCUCCUUCGUCUUCUAUAAAAAAGGGAGACUGACUUCCUUAUCUUUAUCUCCUCUGAGCUAUCGAAGUCGUUGUGAUGGUAUCCCCCCACUCCCUAUCCUCCUCCCAAUUCCUCGGUCUCCGCGUCGCUCUCCCUCCCCGUCCCAACGCCGGCGCCGCUGUGUCCCCGCAAUCACUCACCGUCGCUGCCGCCCUCAGCUCCUCCGCCGCCUCCUCCCUUUACGAGGUCCUCGGCGUCCCUGCCAGCGCCAGCGGCCAGGAGAUCAAGGCAGCGUACCGCCGGCUGGCGCUGGAGUGCCACCCGGACGUCGGGGCGUCCGCGGACCAGUUCCUGCGCGUCCAUGCCGCCUACUCUACCCUCUCCGACCCCGACAAGCGCGCCGACUACGACCGUCGGCUGGUGGACUCGGCAGCUUCAGCUGCGGCAGCGGCGCUCGACCGCCGCCGCCGGUCGACGUACUCGCGGUCCACGUCGUUCUCCUGUGGCGGCCGUCGUACUUGGGAGACCGACCAGUGCUGGUAACCUGAGUCUGAUUGUUAAUUGACACGGCCACAUAGUCUGGUCUCUGCUUUCUUCGUACCAAAGCUUGUAAGAUAGAAAAGGGCCUGAUGUAAAUACUAUCGAUCAAUGAAUAGAUAGAAAGAGGAAACGAAUAAGAAACAUAAAUGUUGUCUGCUUUAAA